AGGUGGCGCUUAUUUGUCACUGACAACUUCCGCAAUAUGGCGAUCUGUACACCAGGCAGCCAGUCUGAUGAAAAAGAAACAAGUAGAAAGCCAAAGGAUACAAAGUUUAAACAACAGAAGUUGCCAGCAUGGCAGCCCAUUCUAACAGCUGGGACAGUGCUGCCUGCUUUCUUUGCCAUUGGUGUAGCAUUUAUUCCCUUGGGAAUAGCACUUCUUGUCACUUCGAAUGGAGUAAUGGAGAAGGUUGUGGACUACACACACUGUUAUGACAAAUAUGACAGUGGUACAACAUGUGCGUCAAAGCUUGAAUCUCUGGGAACCAAUGUAUCGGGAUAUGUUUGUUACUGUGAAGAAACCUUUAGGCUUGAUGAGGAUUUCCCAAAAGAUGUGUAUAUGUAUUAUGGAUUGUCCAAUUAUUACCAAAACCAUAGACGGUAUGUUAGAUCCCGCGAUGACAAUCAAAUACACGGAGACACGGUAUCAGCUAGUACUCUAAACUCGGACUGUGAACCUUAUAAAACAAAAACCAUCAGCUCCAGUGAUACGAGACCCAUAGCACCCUGUGGAGCCAUUGCUAACAGUCUCUUUAAUGACUCCAUUACGCUGGAGUUCAAUAGGAAUGAGAAUGUGUCCCUAUCAUCAACUGGGAUUGCGUGGUUCUCCGACAAGCAGGAUAAAUUCAACAACCCUUCUAGCUGGGAUGGUUUUACAAACCCCCCAAACUGGAAUGAUAGAAAUGUUUACAACUUGAGCGAUAAUGUCAACAACAAUGGUUACAUCAAUGAGGAUCUGAUCGUGUGGAUGAGAACAGCGGCUCUCCCAAAUUUCCGCAAAUUGUACCGAAAAAUUAAUCAUGAAGGAACGUUUGUCACUGGUCUUCCUAAAGGAAAUUACACACUUCAAAUAGAAUACGCUUAUCCUGUGACUGCGUUUGAUGGGAAAAAGUCUAUUAUUCUCACCAACACCUCCUGGUUGGGAGGAAAGAACCCCUUCCUUGGAAUAGCGUACAUUGUGACAGGAUGUUUGUGUGUCCUUCUAGGAGUUGUUUUCCUCAUCAUUCAUAUUAAAUAUGGAAAAAAAUUUGAUGAUGACGAAGCAGUAAUUGGUAUUAAAAACUACUAGCAUCUGAAAUGAUUAAUGUCACUUCCAAAACACCAUUCUAAGACAACCGGGAAAAGAACUCCACCUCAUUGUUACAGCAGGGCUUAGCAGAGAUAGGGUUCUCUCAGUCAGCUGGAAUACUGUGUUAGAGUUUGACAGAGUGAUGUAGAAAAUACAGAGCAAUCUCAGGCUGUCAGGGAACAAUAGAAUUAGACUGGAUGUAUUUUGAAUUUGACUUUCAUUAAGGAGCAUAAAAGUGCUGACUCUAAGGCUCCCAGUGCUCCAAUUCUUAAGCUAGGCGAUAUUUAUUUUUCUCACAUUUGUAGAUAAUUUAAGAGUAUUUAUUGGAAAAACAUGGUGACCUGAAGACCGUUACCAUCGUACUGACUGUCGUACUGUCAGAUGUGUCUCUCUCAUUUAUAACGGAGAAAUAUUUUCAGAUGCAUCUCUGUUUAUAUAUGUUAAAGGAAGGAUUUAAAAACUUCCAAGUAUUUUAUUGUAUUCAUGUAUGCAGAUUUCUGGGGGGUUGAGUUUCAUUGUGUGUUUAAAGUCUUAGAGUACACAUAAUAUUGCAUGAUAUAUUUUUUCUGAUUUCUUUACCUCCCUUCAAACAAAAUUUUAGGAUCUUGCUUUUAUUUCUAGUCAUAUACUUGUACUCAUACAUUUGCUGACAGCUGUUCAUUUUACUAUGUGUAUUGUACUGUUAAUGGAUGUAUGUGUAUAUAGCACUAGGAAGAAUUCUACAGCUCAUUUUCAUAUUUAUGUAUAACAAGAAAGCCCUUGAAAUGUUUCAGGUAGUUUGAUUUUUGAUUAAUAUUUGAUUAUUGAUAUAGAGAUGAAAAUUUUAAAAAAUAUUUAAAGGAGGUAAUCAAGCAGAUCCACUGAGCUGUAGGCUUUUCAUUAACAAUGUUGCCACCAUAAUUUACAUGGGCUUCAUGUGUUUUCUUUCUACAUAUAAUGUAUAUAUAUAUUAACGGAAAAUUAAGCACUGUGCUCUGAAUUGUAUUAUUUAUGUAUCAUUUUUGUCAGCAGUUAUUAAAACUCUAAAUUUUCUUGUAUUAAAAAUUGUGUAUAAAUUGUGUGGUUUUUACCUGAAAUCCAUUUUCUAUAUUGUCAUUACUGGAAAGAAAUUCCAAGCUUCUCUAAACAAAAGCCUGUUGUGUUUCUACAAGGAUUGAUUCUGUGUAUAUAGUACAUGCUACAUGUAGUAUGAGUGAGUUAUGAAAUGUUAAAUGUGAGUUUUUUUUAAUAUGAACAUUCCACUCCAGUACUUUUAUGCAUCUUUUUACUGAAAAUGUAUUGAUAAUUAUUCAUAAAAAUACUUCAACAGCAUUUUACAAAUAAAACAAAAAACAAGAAAUGAUAAUUUGUCAAUGACAAGUUGGAAAGCAAAGUUUUACUACAAUAUAAUACAAAAAAGGUAUUUUGAAAAUUUCUCCUACAUAUUAUGUACAUUAAUUGUAGAAUCGUCAGGUACAUUUGGUGUGUGCAAUAAUGAAAUUACUUUGUUGCAAAUAUAUGACUGCAGUACGCAGUAUUAUGACUUUUUUUAUUUUUAUCCAUGUUUAUGUGAUCUAGAAUUGUGAUCUUUUAUGAAAUGAUUAAACUUGUGAUGUAAAAACAAAACAAA